AUGCUUGUGGACAAGCCUGCAUGGGUGGAGCAUGGAGGUUCUCCAAUCUUCUCAAUUGACGUUCAUCCGUCAGGGAAGCGUUUCGUGACAGCUGGUUCCGACCACAAGACAAAAUUGUGGAACUUGCUGCCUGUGCUGGAGGAGAAGAACAAGCAGUGUCCACGCUUGCUGGCCACCCUGACAGACCACUAUGGGCCCGUGAAUGUGGCAAGAUUUUCGAGGAACGGACGCUUCUUGGCCACAGGAUCCGAUGACAAGCUCACCUGCCUGUACGAGUUGCGCCCUGGAGCUGGGCACUCCAGCUUUGGCAGCAGUGAUGGGCCGAAUGUGGAGAACUGGAAGCACUUCAUCACGCUGCGCGGCCACAGCAAUAACGUCACAGACUUGGCCUGGUCGAACGAUGACACGUACUUGGCCACCUGCAGCCUGGACAACAGCAUCAUCAUUUGGAACCCCUUGAACGGCCAACAGGUCACCACGCUGCAUGGGCACGAGAGCUAUGUGAAGGGGGUGGCCUGGGACCCCAUCGGCAAGUACCUGGCCAGCCAGUCAGACGACAAAACGAUGCGGCUGUGGCGGGUGGAGGACUGGGCGGCGGUGGCGACAGUGUCAGAGCCCUUCCGCAAGGGGUGGGUGAGCAACACCUUCUCGCUGCGCCUGGGCUGGUCGCCGGAUGGGCAGCACCUCACAGCAGUCAACUCGUACCAGUCGCCCUGCCACACCGUGGCGCUGCUGGACAGGCGCACCUGGAAGUACGACUUCUCCAUGGUCGGCCACAAUGGAGCCAUUGUCAAGGCGUCCUACAACCCCAGGAUCUUCCGCUCUCUCGAGGGUGGCACUGAGGGCACCUGCGUGGCGCUGGGCAGCCAGGACACAAAGCUGAGCAUCUGGCUGUCCAGUGCGAAGCGCCCAACUUUUGUCGCUCAGAAGCUGUUUUUGCAGAGCGUGGUGGACCUGUCGUGGACACCUGACGGGUAUUGCCUGCUGGCUUGCUCCAGUGACGGCACCGUGGCGGCGCUUCAAUUCGAGGCCAAGGAAUUGGGAGCGCCUCUCAAGCAGGCGGAGGUGGAUGGGAUGCUGAAGACGCUGUACGGCUCUUCCGAAUCAAAGGCGACACUCUUUGCAGAGAGCGCAGCCCAACUGCAACUGGAAGCUGCGGCCACCAAUGGGCACGCGGCGACGCCUCCCACAGGCGAUGCAGCCGCCAGACCACACCAGCCUCUUGUAGGGCUGGCAGCUCGAAUGCAGCCGGCGGGGGGCAUCCCUUCAGGAGUCGGCCCUUCAGCGACAGCGCUGCAGACACAGGCUCGGCAGAUGAACGGGCAGCGGCGAGUCCCGCCCAUGUCACUGCAGCCCUCUGGCAACGGGACCGUGCCCACCCGCAUCGCACCGCAGCCGCCGCAAGCGCAACCGCAGUCAGCCAGCGCGCAGCCGCCGCAAGCCCCCGGCAGGCCAGCGCAAGGGCUCACAACCCCCGCCGGAGCUGUGGGCACCAAGCGGAGAGCUGCAGAGGGAGGAGCGCCCACCAGCAAGCGGCUGGUGGCAGAAAGGGUCGAUGGGCGGCCGUUUGCCUCGCAGGCGGCCGCGUUUGAGUCACCGGGCAGGGCGGCCAGGCCGCUGCUGAGCCUGCCGGCGGCGGAGGCGCUGGUGUCGCAGCAGCUGCAUGCCAGGGACCAGUCAGAGCUGGCGCCUGUCGGCCAGGCGCCAGGGCGCGUCAUGCUGGAGGCGGCAAAUGAUCUGGCGAGCGGGGCAGACCGCGCCACGGCGGAUGUGGUGUGCUCCUGCAGCGGGAAGCAGGUGUGGGCCGACCGCCUGAGUGGUUGCGUGGUGCGCCUGGCCGGCAGCCAGAACUAUGCAGCCGUCGGGCUGCGUGAUGGAACUGUGCAGGUGUACAGCCCGGCAGGACGGCGGCUGCUGCCAGCAAUGCAGCUAGGAUCUGCGCCGAUGUUUCUGGUGUCGGAUGGCGGCUGGAGGCUACUGGCUGUCAGCCAGUCAGGCUCCCUGCACCUGUGGGACCUGAAGGACCAGCGGCUCAUUGUAGAGGCCUCAAUAGAUUCUUUACUGCGAUCCGUUGCCCCACACGCCAACAGGGGGAGUGGUGUGUGUACAGUGGUGUCCGUCCGGUUGUCAACGGCUGGACUUCCGCUGGCGGUGUUGUCAAACAGCACGGCAUACGCACUGCACCUGGGUAUGAAAACAUGGAUGCGCGUGGCGGACAGCAACUUCUCCUUCUCAUCUUACAUGUCCCUCUACUCCGCCGGCGCAUCCUCCGCAGGUAUGGAGGCUGCACUUGUCCCUGUACGCUGCGGAUAUCAUACGAUAUAUAUCCGAUAUAGAUAUGCACCCCUGAUGUGUGUCGAUCGCGGGCAUCUGGAGGCCAACAUGGCGGCCGCACUUCUGCUGCAGUCCCCGCAGGAGUACCGCCGCUGGCUCCUCACCUAUGUUCGCCACCUGGCCGGGGAUGCUGAGGAGGGCCGCUUGCGCGAGCUGUGUGAGGGGCUGCUGGGACCGCUCAGGCGCAGUGGAGAGGGAACGGAUCAGGACGAUGCGCCCCGAGCGCUGGGGCUGGACACAAGGAAGCUCCUCCGUGAUGAUGUGCUGCGAGAAGUGUCCAGGAAUCGCACGCAUCAGCGCCUUGUGGGCGAGUUUCAGGAGCUGCUCAGUGAAAUCGAUUGA